ACUACAUAAAAAGAAUUAAAUUUAAAAGAAAGAAAGAAAGAGGUGAGUUUCAAGGAGAAUCAAAGUCUUUUUUGCAGUUUUUGAAACGGAUCGCUAUGGCAAUUGCUUCGGAAGAAACCACCCUUACAUGCAAUCACUGUGACCGGGCCAUACCUUCUUCUAACAUCGAUUUGCAUUAUACUCACUGCUCCCGUAAUCUUGAAAAAUGUAAAGUUUGUGGUGACAUGAUUCCAAAAAAGCAUGCCGAGGAACAUUUCUUGAACACCCACACUCCGGUUGCCUGUUCACUGUGCAGUGAGACAAUGGACCGCAACAUUCUAGCUAUUCAUAAAGGUGAAAAUUGCCCCCAAAGGAAUGUUACAUGUGAGUUUUGCGAGUUUCCAUUGCCCGCAAUUGAUCUGGCUGAGCAUCAGGAAGUAUGUGGGAACCGGACAGAGCUGUGUCAUCUUUGUAACAGAUAUAUUAGACUGAGAGAAAGAUAUAACCAUGAUAAUACGUGUACUGGUAUUGCAGAAAACAAUGUGGGAACUUCCAGGGAUGUGAGGGCAAUUGAAAGAGAAGAAGGCAGUCCGAGAAGGCAGAGACCAGAGCAACCAGAUUAUUCAAGGAGACGAAUUCUAUUCACGAUUGCAAUAACCAGCAUGGCUGUUCUACUAGGAUCAUUAUUUUUCCAGAAGAAAACAGAAAACAGUCAGGUACAUUAGUUUCUUUCAUGUAAAUCAGCUAGAGAACUGCACAUUCCAUUUCCGUAUUAUGCUGGCAUCAAAACUCAUUCAGAUUGUGAUAAUGUAAUGCGUUUUAUUCGAAGUUAUAACACAAUAAAACUAAUUAUGCUAAUGUAUCGAAAA